AUGUCCAAUCGAGGACUCAAAAGACUCGAAAAAAGGGAUGGCGUCGGCAUCGAAAAGUUGUUCCUGGACCACAACGAGCUCUCCAAGUUGGAUAACAUCGACUGCUUUCUGGACGUCCAAAAACUCUCUGCCAGCCACAACCAGAUCACAAGGAUGUACUCAUUGGCCAGGUUAUCACAACUCUCAAGCAUCGAUCUGUCAAACAAUCUCAUUACCUGCAUUGAAGCGCUCAAGGAUCUUAAGUACCUGGUUUCCGUAAACCUCUCAAAUAACAGGAUAAAGAGCCUGCAAAGCAUCCAGUACUCCACAACCCUUGUGUACCUGGACCUGUCCGGGAAUCUUAUACCUUCACUGAUUGACCUCACAUCACUUACUCGGUUAAAAGGAAAUCAGAAGCGAGUCCAAGUCCUCGUGCUGGCUGUAACUAGCUUCAUUGGUGUUCUGGCAGCAACUGACUAA